CUGCAGCAGGCGGCGGGGAGGAAGGAGGAAGAGGGGAGAGGCCGGCUGACCAAAACACCACUGGGCUCAGUGACAGAGAGAUUAGAUGUGACUGAAAGGCUGCUGGAAUGUUGUUGUGAAACGUUAGGGUGCCAUUUUGGGGAAAUUUGGAAAAUGUUACAUCCUGCUGGCGCUGCCAUCAAUUAGGAGUAUUGACCGGUUCAUGCUAGUGUCACUAUGGGCCAGCUGUUCUCAUCAGAAGAAGAGCUCUCUCAAGUGAAGGAUGCAAUUGGUUCCUUCCUCUACGACGCCAUGUUGGAAGGCGGCGCCGUGCCCGACCUCCGUGUCGUUCACCCUCUCCUCCUCGCCACCAGUCAGGGUGGGAGCUUUGACUCCCGGGCCGGCCUCCAGGAGCAACUGCAACAGCUGCAGGGCGACAUCGGGAACAAGGCGCCCACCUACCUGAGGGAUCUAAUUGGCCGACUGUCGACCUUCUCGGAUGAGCCCCGUGUGGCCGGCCUGGUGGGAUUAGUGGUAACAAUGGUGAUGGAUAUGGCCUAUACAUCAUCACGACAUUCAGCAGGUGUGAAGGGGAAGUCAGCAGGAUCUUCAUCAAGCCAGCAGAGAGUCUUGGAGCUCCAGGAGGUGAUGGAGGAGUACCUGAAGCGCUUCAGGAUCCACCUGACCGACAAAAGCAAGCUGAUCCAGGACUCCAUCAGACUUGAGGCCCAGCUCAGCCUCAUCCUCACUCAGCUGAAAACAUGUCUGCUCGGGGGAGACUGUGACUCCAGGUCUCUGAGGCACUGGGCCAGCGGUGCAGCAUUUAACGCCCAGAUGUUGGUUCACCUGGCUGCCCUCGAGGGUAAAGCUGAGCCCUUUCCUGCCAGGGCAGCACUGCAGCAAUACAAGGAGGACCUCGCACAGAUCAUACCUGUCUACAGGCGUUAUAAGUCUAAUACAGUGUGUGUCAUGAAAUGUCGAGGGAGUCUUCUGGCAUCGUGUGACCCCUCCGGGGAGGCGCCAGACGACGGAUCCAUGACGGGACUCACAGUGACUGACAGAGAGACAGGAAAGAGUGUGACCAUCCCUCUGUCCAUCAUCGAGACAGAGACAGGUAAAAGACUCUCAGGGCCUGAUUCCACCGCUGCACCAGUGUCCUCUUCCAUUAACCUGGACCUGAUCACCUCAGAUCAGUACGCCCAGGCUUACCUGGACCACUUGUUCUCUGAUAAGGGACCUGUGGCAAAGCUGGAGAACUACUUCAUCAUGGCUGGUGAAAAUCUGGGAACGCUAAGGACUGAAUGUAAAAACAAGACAGGGGAGAGAAAUGGGACAGAAGAAAGUGAUGGAGAACAACGAGUGGACAUGGUGAAAGAUGAUAAACAGGUUAAGACUGAAAGGAGAGAUGGACGAGAAGAAGCGGAGGAACACGAGCGGAGAGACGAACAUUUGAAACUGAGUAUUGUGGAGACGCAGCCGGACGAGAGCCUCGAUCAGAAUCUCAACAGUGCAACAAGCACAUAACAGCCAUGACCGGACAGCAGCAGGCUCAACAUGUCAGACAUUAAUUGAAGAUAAACCUUCAGCUAACCUCAGAAACAUGAAGUUUUUGUUUUUGUUAUUUAUUCAGAGAGCUUAUAAAAAAAGAUUAUUACUGGAUGAAAGCUUAAUAAAAGUCUGAAUCGUC